GCUACUGACAGAGCAAUUUAUACACAAUAGCAAAGACAAAUAACUUCUUCUAUUAUUAUUUAAAUAUAAAAAGUUUAUAAAUACUUAAUUCAGUGUUCAGUGAUGAUAAUUAAAUAUAAUUCGUGGAGUUUUAAACGAAUCUAACCUCAAAUGAAACAAAGCGAAUAAUGUUUGUGUAAUACAAUUGUUGGAAUAGAAAUUUGAAAAAUGAAUUCUAAAGGUAAAAUUCCAGCAAUUAUGCAAGCUCAGCAGUUAAUAAAAAUUCGUGAAAAGCAAAAUAUUAUUGAACAACAACAGAAGAAAAUUCAACAACAACAACAAUUAAAAGUUCAACAGGAGCAUCAAUUAAGAAUUGAACGUGAAGCACAAUUAAAAGCACAACAACAAAAGAAAGUUCAACAACAACAACAACAACAAAUGCAUUCACCAAUUACACCGAAAUUAUUGGAUUCAUCAACAGCAUUAAAAGUAAUUAAUAGCACGGGAAUGUUUCAUGAACGUUCAUUAAUGGGUCGUAAUGAUAUUUGGCAUAAAAUACAAAUAACACGCGGUGGUAAAUUUGAAGCUGAAUUUAUUCUUAAAAGUAUUUUAAAUGCCGUUUAUCCUGCUGAUUUAAUUCCCGUGAGAUAUCAAAUUCUUGGUGAUGAUUCAUUUUUUCUUGCUAGAAAUUGUUGUGCGGCACUUGAAAAAAUGUGUCAAACUAGUUUAAUAGUGAAUGAUUUACAAGGACAACCAUUAAUAUUAACAAUAACAUUAGGAUUUGCAUCGAUUCAUGAUAUUAAAAUUAAUAUUCAACCACUUUUAGUUUCUUUAUUAACAAAACGUCAUGAUUCAUCAAGAAAAUCCGUUUAUCUUGAUUCAUUUCAUAAAGAUAUGGAAUUAUCAAAAACUGUUUAUUGUCCAUUAACACAAAUUCGCACAUUUUCACAUGUUUUGAAACUUAUAAAAUCAUCAUUACCACAAAUAACUGGUCUUAGUUUACGUGAAAAUGAAUUAACUAAUUUAACACCAAUGGAAAGUGUAAAUUUAAAUUCAUUAAAUUCACUUGAUUUGAGAAAUAAUUUUUUCCUAAUGAUCGAUGCACUUGCGCCAUUAAAAAAUAUUCCACUCACUGAAUUAUGGUUAGAUGGAAAUCCAUUAUGUGAAAAUUAUUCAAAUUCAGAAAAAUAUAUUGAGGCAAUAAAAAAAUAUUGUCCAAAUUUGGUGAAAUUAGAUGGAAUAAUGAUACAAACAAAUUUACCAACAGCACCAAUUUUAUAUUUAUCAUAUAUGAAAAAUUCAAAGACAAAAUUAAUUGUGGAACAAUUUAUAACACAUUUUUUUACAUUAUACGAUCAAAGAAAUAGAAAUAUUUUACGUGGUAUUUAUCAUGAGGAUGCAAUUUUUUCAAUGACUAUUGACAUUCCAUUUUCAUUGGCUGAAAAUAAAGAAUAUAACAAUUUUAUCGAUGAUAAUCGUAAUUUAUUAAAAUUAUCAAAUAUUGAUGCAUGCAGAAAACGACUAAUACAAGGACACGAUUAUAUAAUUGAUACAAUAUCAAGUUAUCCGCCAUCACAACAUUUGAGAAAAACAUUUUCCAUUGAUUUAAUGUAUGAAGAUUCGAAUUUUUUUAUAAUUUGCGUCGAGGGCUUAUUUAAAAAUGUUGAUUUAUUACAUGGUUUUAAUAGAACAUUUACCAUUGUUCCUGGUGAUGAAAAUGAAUAUAAUAUUUUAAAUGAUCAAUUACAUAUUUAUUAUUUACAACCGGGAAGUGUUUUGCCAAAUUAUGGUCAAUUUAAUGAGGUUGAAGAAAUUUUUGAUAUUCAAACAACGUGUCUCAGUGAAAAAGAAAAAGAAGAACUCAUCGAUAUGUUUUGUGAUGUUACUACAAUGAAUGUGAAAUAUUGUCAAAGACAUUUAGAAGAUAUUGGAUGGGAUAUUCGUAAAGCAAUUCAAGAUUUUAUAUAUUUAUAUAAAAAUGGAUGUGUUCCAAAAGAAGCUUUUAUUAAAUAAAACUAAUUUCUCUAUUAUAUAAUAAUUAUAAAGUUUUUUCAUGUUUUUCCACAAGUAAAAAUCGAUUUGAGAUUGUAAUAUAUAAAUAAAUUUUGUAAAAUGAUA